AAAUCAUAGGAACUUUAUUCCAUACGUUGUUUCCAGAGGAGUAUUUCAAAGACGGACGAUUGCAGCCAGCGUGUGAUUUUUCUCUCUUUUGUUACAGUAUAAAACAAGCGGAAACUACAAAAGUAUACAUAUUUGCGGCUUGUAAGUAACAAUUGAGACGGAUGUGUUGCUUUAAAAUCAUUACGUAUCGCUACGAGUGACGUAACCAUACAAAACAAGCCCGAAAUAGGGUUACUUACUAUGAAAGAGAUCAUUCAAGCCGACCGCUAGGAAGAAUGGGAUUUAAAGUUGGAAGUAAUUUGUGAUGGAAAGAGCCAAUAGACAUUGUUGCAAAUUGGAAAUUAGAUUUUAAUAUGUAGCUGACAUCGUUUCAAACUCAAGUUUGCAUCAGUGAAGUGUGACAGUGUUGCACAGAAAGGCAAGAUGAUGUACUCUUCACGGAGAAAACCUGUGCUGUAUUUCAAAGAUGAUAGAAGUUUUCUGUCGAGGAAAUGCACCGUCUGGAAGCUCUUCGGGCUCUGCAUGCUGUUUGUCUUGGGGUCUCUUCUUUUGGUGCAGCUGACUUGUUCAGGAGACGUGAGCCAGACGGUUGGGUACAGUCACCUCCCUCACCAGCCCUGUCCCGUCGAGAGACAGUCUUCAUCUGCUGAUGACCCAUCCUGGGGCCCUCACAAAAUGGCCCUCAUUGUACCAUUCAGAGAGCGCUUUGAAGAACUGCUUAUAUUUGUCCCUUACAUUCACACUUUCCUCAACAAAAAGAAAAUACGGCAUAAAAUACUAAUUAUAAACCAACUGGAUCACUUUCGCUUCAAUCGGGCCUCUCUUAUUAACGUUGGGUUUAUGGAAAGCGGUAAUGACACGGACUACGUUGCAAUGCAUGAUGUGGACUUGUUGCCUCAAAAUGAGGAUCUGGACUAUGGUUUCCCAAACGAGGGACCCUUCCAUGUGGCCUCGCCGGAGCUUCAUCCCUUAUAUCAUUAUAAGACAUAUGUGGGAGGGAUCCUGCUGCUCACCAAGAAACAUUAUCAGCUGUGCAAUGGGAUGUCAAACCGCUUCUGGGGAUGGGGAAGAGAAGAUGAUGAGUUUUUCAGGAGACUGAAAGCUGCUGAUCUUAAGCUUUUUAGGCCAACGGGUAUUACUACAGGAACUAAAACAUUUCGACACAUCCAUGAUCCAGCCUGGAGGAAGAGAGAUCAGAAGCGGAUCGCUGCACAGAAGCAGGAGCAGUUUAAGGUGGACCCAGAGGGUGGCCUGACUAACGUCCGCUACAAGGUGGAGUCCAGACAGGAAGUGACCAUCAGUGGAGCUCCGUGUACGGUCAUCAACACCUUUCUAGAGUGUGACGUCAGCCUGACCCCAUGGUGCCAGUCCAGCUAAUGUAUUGAAGCAGGACCCAUGAAGCCAGAAUGAGAUGCAUUGUCCUUCUGUGACUGGUGCACUUUAAAAAAUCACCCUGAUCGGCUGACCAAAAGAACUUGAAGAUGUGACUGUGGGGAGAGAACUGUUCUCUAAGUUUUAUUUUUAUAGGACAGUGUUGUUGGCUUCAUCCAUGAUGAAGAACACUGCCUCAUUUUUUAACUAAACUAUGGCCAAAUGUCAGGUACUGCACUGAGUUUGCAUCAUCAACAUUUCGAGUACGAGCAUCCAAAUGUCCGAUUUAAUGAUGAGUUUUAUAAUCUUAAAAGGUGGCGUGUUUCUCUUACUGCAAUUGUGAGUAUUUGCUCAGCCGUGUCUUGACAGAUUUUUUUUUUUUUUUUUGCUUGAAUUUAAAGUCAUGUCUUGAAAAGGACAAUAUUAUGUAUAUUAAAUUUAUUUAGGGAGAACUUAGAUUGUAUUUGCACAUUAUUCAGUAUUUAUAUGAAAACAAAGGUUUCCUCAUUUCAGUCGUUGUAUUUUGUCCCAUGUUUCAGAUGCAUGGAGUGCUGUUACAAGUUCUGCUCACAGGAUUAUACAUAGAUCUUAUGACCUGGAGGCAUGAAGCUAUAUGCAAACAUCUUCCAGUCAAAUGUUAAUAAAAUUCGGACUCAACAUACUUUUUUUAUUGGCAAUGCCUGAAAUUAAACUGGGCAUCAGUAAUCUGUCCAAACUAAGUUGUUCUUGUGCCUGUGGCAACAAACUGCUGUGUUAAUGCACAAAACAUGUUUGACACAUAAUAAAGAGAAUUUGACUCCAUUGUAA